CUUUUCCCUCUCGCUCAUUAACUUUCUCAGUCUCUCGCUCUGUGUCAAAGUCUUCUCUCUAAUGGAGACGAGUUUUUCCUCCUAGCUUUCAAAAACUUUAGCUUAAUCUCCGUCCCAAUCAAAACCUUCAAGUUUGAAAAAACUCUGCGUUUAACGAGAUCUGGAUUCAGAAUGGAGGAAGAGAAAGGAGCGCUGGUGCAGAGCUUGAUCGAUGAGGUGAACCAAAUAGCUUCGAUCGGCGAUUACAGAUGCCCUGUGAAGAAGCAGUAUUGCAAUCUCGCUAGGAGAUUGAAGCUGUUGACGCCAAUGUUCGAGGAGAUUAGAGAAAGCAAAGAGCAAAUCCCUGAAGAAACUGUUAAAGCUUUGGUCUCGUUGAAAGAAGCUUUGGUUUCGGCUAAGGAGUUGCUCAGAUUUGGCAGUGAAGGCAGCAAGAUUUACCUGGUUCUCCAGAGGGAGGAGAUUAUGCAUAAAUUUCAUGAAUUGACAGCUCAAUUGGAGCAAGCUUUGAAUGCAAUCUCCUAUGAGAAUCUUGACAUAUCAGAUGAAGUUAAGGAACAGGUUGAGCUUGUUCUAGCUCAGUUCAGGAGAGCUAAAGGAAGGGUUGAUGCACCUGAUGUUGAGCUGUAUGAGGAUCUAUUAUCACUCUACAACACGACCAAUGAUGCAGCAGCAGAUCCAGAUGUACUGAGGAGAUUGACUGAGAAGUUACAAUUGGUGGGAAUAACUGAACUUACACAAGAAUCACUAGCGCUACAUGAGAUGGUUUCAGCCAGUGGUGGAGAUCCUGGGGAAACAUUUGAGAAGAUGUCAAACUUAUUAAAGAAAAUCAAGGAUUUUGUACAAACAGAAAAUCCUAACUUGGAUGCUCCCACAAGAGAAAAGAAUCUUCUUCCUAGUAGCUGUGGACAAACAACCAGUGAUGGAAAUCACAAGAGUCCAGUUAUACCAGAAGAUUUCCGCUGUCCAAUUUCCCUGGAGUUGAUGAAGGAUCCUGUCAUUGUUUCAACAGGGCAGACAUAUGAACGAUCUUGCAUUGAGAAAUGGCUUCAGCAAGGGCAUGGAACAUGUCCGAAGACACAGCAGACACUCAGUAGCCCUGCCCUUACGCCCAAUUAUGUGUUACGUAGUCUAAUAGCUCAAUGGUGUGAGGCAAAUGGCAUUGAACCACCCAAAAGACCCAGUAGUUCUCGACCCAGUAAAACAACAUCCACCUGCUCACCUGCUGAACGUACCAAGAUUGAUAUUCUCCUCCGUAAGCUCACAUCCAGCAAUCCUGAAGACCAAAGAAUGGCUGCAGGUGAAAUCCGUCUUCUUGCCAAACGCAAUGCAGAUAAUCGUGUGGCCAUUGCUGAAGCUGGGGCCAUACCUUUCCUUGUGAGCCUCCUUUCAACACCUGACUCACGCACCCAAGAACAUGCUGUAACAGCACUUCUUAACCUUUCCAUUUGUGAAGAAAACAAAGGGAGUAUCAUAUCCUCUGGAGCUGUUCCUGGUAUUGUCCAGGUGCUUAAGAAGGGGAGCAUGGAAGCUAGAGAGAAUGCAGCAGCCACCCUAUUUAGCCUUUCAGUAGUGGAUGAAAAUAAGGUGACAAUUGGCGCCUCAGGAGCAAUCCCUCCACUAGUGACGCUGCUAAGUGAAGGUACACAAAGGGGCAAAAAGGAUGCAGCGACAGCACUCUUUAACUUGUGCAUUUACCAAGGGAACAAAGGAAAAGCAGUGAGGGCUGGAGUUGUGCCCACGCUAAUGCGUUUGUUGACAGAACCUGGAGGUGGAAUGGUUGAUGAGGCUCUCGCCAUACUAGCAAUACUUGCUAGCCAUCCUGAAGGGAAGGCAGCCAUUGGAGCAGCAGAGGCAGUGCCAGUUUUGGUAGAUGUUAUUGGAAAUGGGUCCCCAAGAAACAGAGAGAAUGCAGCUGCAGUUUUGGUGCACCUUUGUGCGGGAGACCAACAACAUUUAGCAGAGGCCCAAGAACUAGGCGUGAUGGGUCCUUUGGUUGACUUGGCACAAAACGGUACAGAUAGGGGCAAGCGGAAGGCUGCUCAAUUGCUUGAGCGGAUGAGCAGGUUUCUUGAGCAGCAAAAGCUGGCACAGGCGCAAGCUGAGGCCCAAGCACCGCAGUCUCAGGCUCAGCAGCCGGCGCCACCCUCUGUGGCAAACGCUGUUGAUAGCUGAGGUUCAUUUUGCCCUAAAUUUUUGUUCUUUUGGUCACCUUGUUUCUCUUUUGCCGUAUUGAAGGAGGCAGCUUUGCUUCGAAAGAGGAGGUGGAAGAUCACCUGUCCAACCUGUAAGUUAUUCAUUUGUUUGUGUGGAGAAAUAUAUUAUUCACAGAACCAUCAAAGUGCCGGAAAAACACCAAAAAAAAAAGAAAAAGAAAAGGGCUGAGUAGUACUCGACAUGUAUGUGAAUUGUACCAUUAUAACAUAUGUCCGACUGUAAUCAUCCUCAGUUUUUUAUUGGAGAGAUGUUUCUUGUAUUCACUUGAACUUUGUUUCCAAAGUCACUAGUCAUAUGUAACCAAAAAAUAAAAUGAUUCAUCUGCUUGCUCAA